AUGUCGCGUCCAAAUACAGGCAAGAACGAUAAAGAAGUCAACGCCGUUAUCUUCAACAUGAAAGAACAGAGAUGUCUAUUGAAGAACUUGCACACGCUUGAUGCCGAGGCAUCGUAUUCCUUAAAGUUGAUAGACCUCAACAACCGAGGGAUUAAACUCUUUUAUCGGCGGUUUAAAGAUAAAGUGAAUAAAAUCAAAUCCCACUUACAGAGUGACGAAAUAGCUCAUCUCAAGAUUCUGGAUGCAAGUGGAAAAAUGAAGGAACUUGUAAAGCCAUUGAAUAUUACAGGUGCGUUGAGGAUUGCUGAUGCAGAGAAACGUCUGAAACUGCAAGGCCGGGAUAACCAGCGAAUGUCAAGAAGCGCAUUAUAUAGACGAGAUAGUGAUGCAUUUUCGAUGUCUCCUCGUCAACUUCGUCCAAACACAUGCAUAGGUAAUCUAAGAAGAGACUCAGUACGUCCAACACGACCUAGAAGUUUGUCAUCAGGAAGACAUAAUUCUGUUGUAGCGUUAUCAUCUCCAUUAUCAAAAGAUGAAAAUAAAAACCAGGCAGUAAACAACGCGAGCAAACCGGAUAUUGUAGCGAUUAGUUCAUCCGGGAUUGAAACAAAAACAGACAGGUCAGAAAACGUUUCUAUACACUUAACGUCUUCGGAAAAUCAACUACAAAAUACAGAUCAAGCGACUACGCGUACUGUAGUUGAAAAACACAGUGAAACAUUGAAUUCUAACUUUCACCAGGCGUCAGUACCACGCAUGAUAGUGACACCGAUAGAGCUGAACCACCAAGCGGAAGAUCACGGGAAUAUACAGCAACAUGGUGAAUCUGAUAAGGAUGUGCAAAAUGAAAAGGUUCCAAACAAAAAAGUUACGAUUGUUGAAGAUUUCGAGACUUUCAGGAAAUCAGCCAUAGAUAAAAGGAGUCAUAGUAGGGGAUCUUCCAUUACGAGGAUGAGUGCCGCUGCAGCCGUGAAGGUGGGAUUGUUUUCCUGUCAUACGCACAGUCAGGAUCAACUGAAAGAAUCUGCGAAAUCGGUCUCAAAUCAUGGAGAUUCCUUAGGCAGUUACGUAAUAGACGAUCCCUACGAAGAGCGCCGUAGAACGUUGUUGGAUAUUGAACAUUCAUAUGCCAAUAAUUUGAAUGAAAGGAAGGAUGAAUUUUUGGAUGAUCUUGAAGCGUAUAUUAACAUGCAAACUGCUGAGAUUGUACCUGUUACUAUAGAUUCAGAGGAUCCAACCCUGGCACCACCACCCAGAGAGUCAAAAUUGGAAAAACUAACGCGGCGUGAAAUGCGUUUAUUUCGAGAACAAGCAAAUCGUCUUUCGCAGGCAGAUCGAGGGCUUCGAGGGCAGGAUUUAUGGAAAGAUAUCACAAAGUGUAGGUAUCUGAGGAUGGAUGACGAUAAGAUGGAUCUAAAUGGCUUGGUGUGUUUGGCCAAAAACCAAAUGAAACUUGGAAAUUUAUAA